UGGGGAAGAAGACAGCUGCUGCCCUGAUGAGGGAUUUUUCUGAGCAGGCCUCCCAAGCCAGACAUGUCAGUGUGAGAUGCUGCCUACAUUUUUCAUCGUGACCAACAGGUUGUUAAACUACAAUCAAAAGCACUUAGUAGGAAUGGAACUGUCCCUGUCAUGAGAUUUGAACUCCUGACAUCUUUAUCCACUGAAACUUGAGUGCCCAGCCAUCCUAGGUUUCCUGAAAUAACCUCUGGGGAACACUUGCAGGACACAGCAGAGAGGAGAUUUUGGAAGCAUUUCACAAGGCCUGCUGCUGUGAGCUGGUUUCAGCAUGAGGAAAAGCCCUCUAUCACCCCAAUGCACAGGAAAGAGAAGCCAGAUGACAGCAGCUCUCCUCCUUCCAUACUGAGGAAAAGGCCACCUGUGGACCAAGCUGUGGGGGAAAAGCGGAGAGCAGAGCGAAGGGUUCGAUUUCGUGAGCCAGAAGAAGUCAUUGAACAUGUAAUUUCCUGCUGUGACUACGUAGUGGCAGAUGACAGGACAUCAUCUGGAUUGCCUGUGCUCCUGUGGCUCUUGUUUUGUGCAGUGCUGAUCCUUGCUGUGAGUCUCUACUACACCAGCAUGAAGCAAGAUGUCACAGUCCUGGAGGAAUUUCAAUCCCGACUUGUCAUCUUCUUUCUUCAUAUAAGACACGUUGCUCAGAGGUGCUGGACUUGGUUUCUGAGGCAGUAGCAGUGUUCUCCAGCCUGACACUGCUAAGAAACAUCAGUGCAAAGCUCCCAGCCUACUGCAGCCACAUGCAAGGAACACAUGAUCAUCCACCUCAAAGAGCAAGGAAAUCACCCCUGCUGUGCACCAGCCAGCAAACACUUGUUCUCCUUUUUCCUUCUUUGUUCUUUUCCUUUGUUUCACAUCAAUGAACAUUCACACUAAUGCUUUGAGGACCCACCAAACUCGUGCUCCAUCCACCCUGAACACCAAACAAGUGUCUGGAUUUGGUUACCCAGAGUUUAUUAGCUGCUGAUAUGAGGAGCAAAAGCAGAGAGAGAAAUGCAUUGAUCUGUGCGGGCAGCAGAAAACUCAGAAGUCUUGUGAGUCUCAGGUCAAGGCUUUAGAUACCAAACCAUCUUUCUCCUCAAGUCUCCUCAGAAUUAUUCUGCAAAGGUUAAAAUAAAGCUGAGCUAUUGCACAGACCCUGCUCUGCUGGCCAAAGGCUUGGCAAGCUGCUAUAUUUAUACACUUGAAAUUAUUAUUAGUAAAAUCACAGCAAAUGGCUUUCUUGUUUCCUUUCACGCAUUUUUUUCAUCCAUGGGCAAAAAGCUGGUUCUUAAUGCUUCACUUGACUCUCAGGUGUAGAAAAGAACAUGGAAACUCAUUUAAACAGAAAAUAGUUUAUUUGCCUAACAUAAUAAAUAGCAGCAUUGAAACCCAGGUUAAUCAUCAAAACAGUAGUUUAAUCCUGCGAGCUUGAUUCAGUCCAUAAACCCCACAGGCUGACAUGCAAGAUUUAUGAUAGUGUUUGUAUUCAGACAGAGGUUAUGCCUGAGUAUUCAAGGCCUUAUAUCAUGAUAAUAUGGACUGCUUAUGAAGGUGUUGGAUGCAUAGUUCCUUUAUCAUUGUCCCACCAUCCCAUGCAUUUCUCUGAAAGGAAUCCUUUUAAUGGAGAUCAUGUGAAACGGUGCUCUGGCUAUCUGAGAGGAGAACAAAUGACUGCAAGUUCAUGAGCUUCAAAGAACCAGCACAAACAGCUUUUUAGAUCUUAGAUUCUGCUCAGCUAGCACCUGAUGUCUGCUUGGGGUUAUUUUGUAUGGUAAAAUUGACAUCAGAACCUGUAAGUAAAAGAAAUAGAGGAAAAAAAAGUGGGGGGGGGGGGG